GGUCACUAGUCCAGCACAUAUAUGAUGUUACAAACCGUGCUUGAGUGUGGGAGCCUCUUGACUGUCAGCAAGACGCCGCUGAGCUAGAAUGAACAAGACUGAGAAACACCCCCACUCCCAGGAUGAGACAAUUUAGCCCAGGAAGGCCCACCUCUGUUCCCAGCCUCUGCAUCUGAGAGCUAGAUCCUGAGACUCCAUGGAUGCCGCUGGAGCCUCCUGCUCCAGCUCGGAGGCCGUGGCAAGGGAACUGCUUCUGGCCGCACUGCAGGAUCUGAGCCAGGAGCAGCUGAAGCGCUUUCGCCACAAGCUCCGGGAUGCGCCCCUGGAUGGCCGCAGCAUCCCGUGGGGGCGACUGGAGCACUCAGACGCUGUGGACCUCACUGACAAGCUGAUCGAGUUCUAUGCGCCAGAGCCAGCCGUAGAUGUGACCCGAAAGAUCCUGAAGAAGGCGGAUAUUCGAGAUGUGUCGUUGCGACUCAAGGAGCAGCAGCUGCAGAGGCUCGGCUCCAGCUCGGCGCUUCUCACCGUGUCGGAGUACAAGAAGAAGUACCGCGAGCACGUGCUACGACAGCAUGCUAAGGUGAAGGAGAGGAAUGCCCGCUCCGUGAAGAUCAACAAGCGCUUCACCAAGCUGCUCAUUGCUCCGGGGAGCGGCGCCGGGGAGGACGAGCUGCUGGGAACGUCGGGGGAGCCAGAGCCCGAGCGCGCAAGGCGCUCGGACACACACACUUUCAAUCGGCUCUUCCGAGGAAAUGAUGACGAGGGCCCGCGGCCGCUGACCGUGGUGCUGCAGGGCCCGGCAGGCAUCGGCAAAACCAUGGCCGCCAAGAAAAUCCUCUACGACUGGGCAGGAGGCAAGCUAUACCACAGCCAAGUGGACUUUGCCUUCUUCAUGCCGUGCGGCGAGCUGCUGGAGCGGCCAGGUACGCGCAGCUUGGCGGACCUGAUACUGGAACAGUGCCCGGACCGCACCGCGCCGGUGCGGCGGAUACUAGCGCAACCGCAUCGUCUACUGUUCAUCCUGGACGGUGCAGACGAGUUGCCUACUUUAGCAGCCCCAGAAGCCACUCCCUGCAGAGACCCUUUCGAGGCUACGAGUGGCUUGAGAGUGCUGAGCGGGCUGCUGAGCCAGGAGCUGUUACCAUCGGCUCGCUUGCUGGUGACUUCACGCAACGCCCCCCUCGGGAGGCUGCAGGGCAGACUUUGCUCGCCACAGUGCGCAGAAGUGCGCGGCUUCUCAGACAAAGACAAGAAAAAGUAUUUCUUCAAGUUCUUCCGGGACGAGAGGAAGGCAGAGCGCGCUUACCGCUUCGUGAAAGAGAACGAGACGCUGUACGCACUGUGCUUUGUGCCGUUUGUGUGCUGGAUCGUGUGCACGGUGCUGCUGCAGCAAAUGGAGCUGGGCCGGGAUCUGUCUCGUACCUCCAAGACCACUACAUCUGUGUACCUGCUCUUCAUCACCAGCAUGCUGAAGUCUGCAGGCACCAAUGGACCCCGGGUUCAGGGAGAGCUGCGAAUGCUGUGCCGCCUGGCCCGGGAGGGCAUCUUGAAGCAUCAAGCACAGUUCUCAGAAAAGGACCUGGAGAGAUUGAAGCUUCAGGGUUCCCAGGUUCAGACAAUGUUUCUCAGCAAGAAGGAGCUGCCAGGAGUGCUAGAAACUGUGGUCACCUACCAGUUCAUUGACCAGAGCUUCCAGGAGUUCUUGGCUGCGUUGUCAUACCUACUAGACGCUGAGGGAGCUCCAGGGAACCCCGCAGGAAGUGUGCAGAUGCUCCUGAACUCUGACGCGGGGCUGCGUGGUCAUCUGGCACUCACCACUAGAUUCCUCUUUGGACUGCUAAGUACAGAGAGGAUUCGUGACAUUGGAAACCAUUUUGGCUGCGUGGUGCCAGGGCGUGUGAAACAGGACACCUUGCGCUGGGUACAAGGACAAAGCCAACCCAAGGUGGCGACAGUAGGAGCAGAAAAGAAGGAUGAGCUGAAGGACAACGAGGAAGCAGAGGAGGAGGAGGAGGAAGAAGAGGAGGAGGAACUCAACUUUGGACUGGAGCUGUUGUACUGCCUGUAUGAGACACAAGAGGAUGAUUUUGUUCGCCAGGCUCUCAGCAGCCUUCCAGAGAUGGUACUGGAGCGAGUUAGGUUGACCCGCAUGGACCUUGAGGUUCUAAGCUACUGCGUGCAGUGCUGCCCAGACGGCCAGGCUCUGAGACUGGUGAGCUGUGGACUGGUGGCGGCAAAGGAGAAGAAGAAGAAGAAGAAGAGCUUCAUGAACCGGCUGAAGGGUUCGCAAAGCACCGUGAAACAACCCCCAGCCUCCUUGCUGCGUCCACUUUGUGAGGCAAUGAUUACCCAGCAAUGUGGUCUGAGUAUUCUGACCUUGUCACACUGCAAACUCCCUGAUGCAGUUUGUCGAGACCUUUCUGAGGCCCUGAAGGUAGCUCCUUCCCUAAGGGAGCUGGGCCUCCUCCAGAACCGACUCACUGAGGCAGGCCUGCGUUUACUAAGCCAAGGCCUGGCUUGGCCCAAAUGCAAGGUGCAGACACUCAGGAUACAGAUGCCUGGCCUCCAAGAGGUGAUCCACUACCUGGUCAUUGUGCUCCAGCAGAGCCCAGUCCUGACCACUCUGGACCUCAGUGGCUGUCAGCUGCCUGGCACUGUGGUGGAACCUCUGUGUUCAGCCCUGAAGCACCCUAAAUGUGGCCUAAAGACCCUCAGUCUGACUUCUGUGGAGCUGACUGAGAAUCCGCUGAGAGAGCUUCAAGCUGUGAAGACAUUAAAGCCAGAUCUGGCCAUCAUACAUUCAAAAUGGCACACAUCCUCAGCCUCUGAAGGGAUGAAACAGUGUCUUCUGAGCCCCGGAGUCCAGAACAGGAUAUUGCUGAAGCCACCGUUCUUCUGAAUAUGUCUCCCCAUUCAAAAGCAAGUAGAUGCCAGCUUCUCCCUCCAGGCAAGUCUUUCAAGCCAAGAAGCCACAGAAGGGCAAGCAAAAGACCCAGGUAGAUAUAGGCACUUAAGAGCCCCUGGAUAUAGACCUGGCACAUGCCCUGCCCCAGACACUCGGAGGUUAGUCUUCCCUCAGCCCCAUAACCGCCAAUACCUCCCUUUCUGGGCCCACCAAUCUGUCCCUUGAAGAUAAUCCCAACAGUAACAGAAGUAUUUGUUGUGGUUUGCCCUGGAGUUAUCUGUAUUUUGAUGCUACUUCCACUGCCCCAAGGACGGCUGCCUAGUCUGUA